CGCGCGUUCUUCAAAGAUGAGAAGUUACUUGUGGUUGCCGUUCCGGAUCCGAUGGUGUAUUCAACUAAAAGAGAAUAAUGAAGAGAUUGUAUGAUUCCAUGAGCUACCUGUACAGUAUAUGUGCAUAGAUGUUUAGUCUGAUGACUUUGAUCAACAUCCUGUGAAAGUAUGGGCAAACCAACCAAGACAAGGCCACCCACAAAGGGGAAUGGUCAGUCUACGCAUGGACACCAGUCUUCAUUGGAUAACUUCUUCAAAAAGAAAUCAGAGCUACCAUCCCCUCUUUUUACUCAAGUUAUAUCGACUUCACAAAAAGGUUUUAAGAAGCAGAAAGACCCUAAAUCCUCUGUAUGUAAGAAGCCUGCUGCUAUUGCACCUGCCAAGGAAUUCAAACGACAGCCUGCUUCAUCACUGCCUAUAAUAGACCCACAAGAUGUUCUAGUUAUACCAGCAACCCCAGAAUCUGUGCAGUCAAGUACAAGGGAUUGCUUCCAGUCACCACCUGCAGUUAACAACCAAGAUGAUUCUCCUUUCUCACAAAUCAUCAUUCCAGACACACCAGACAAUGUUAUUCCAAAGAAGAGGCCAUUUACCAGUCUCCUCAAUCACAGUAGCGAUAUCUCAGGAAGUACCUUCAAAGUAGAUGAUUUCAGCAAGAAGGACUCCUCAAACAAAUCAAAAUAUGGAAGAGACAUUGGGAGUUUCCCUGUACCCCUUCUCCGAGCCACCAAUGCAGAACUGCCAAAGAUGAAAGUGAAUUUAAAAGGCUCUUUGGUAAAGAAUGAUAGAAAGAUUGAUCAAAACUGCUCAAUAGGCAAAAAGGAAUCAAGUGCUUCUGGAGAAGAGAAUGUGAUUGCUAUUAGUGAAAGAGAUAUCAAAAUAAAGCCAUCAAACAAACUGAGCAGGUUGUCAAGAAAAGGCAACAAGUUAGCAAAGUCUAGUAAAGAGGUUUUACCAAAACCAACUACUGGACUAGAAAAUGGAGAAUGUAAGAUAGAAGCAGUGGACAACCGAAUGGAAGAACUUGAGGAUCGUCAUGUAAAUAGGAUGGAGAUCAAACCAGCUGUGUGCAGGGUAAGGAACUCCUCAAAGAAGAAUACAUCACGGCUGAGUCUAUCAAGGAAAGUCCAGAAGCAAUUGCUGGAUACAACUGUCAGAGCUGUCAAGAGAUCACCUAGCAGAGGAAACUCCCCAUAUUCAAAGCGAUUCCAGGAUUCUGUAUGCACCAUCGAUGACAUGGAUCAUGACAGAAAAGACAGGGUUAAGAAAUCUCUCCUUGAAGAGUAUGGAGUUGACAGUCAUCUUGCCAACGAAGUGCUACCCUGUCCUCCAAAAGAAGAGCCAGAAGAGUUCAUCUCAGUCAUUCCAGAUUCCUGCCCAACACAACUGGCAAGUGAGCAAGAUGCAUUGAUCAUUCCAGACACCUGCCCCAUGGUAGAAGAUACUCCGGAAAAGAUCAAUCCUCAGGUUUCAGGGUCUCUGAUCUCUGAGAAAGUAACUUUAUCUGUAAAGAGCUCAUGUUUACAAGUUUCAUCGACUCAGGAAAAAGAACACAGAGUGCAAUAUGAUUCCUACACUGCCAGUAAAAAUGAUUUAACUUCAGAACAACAGCGUAUUCUGCAGGAGAAUAUAGAGUGUGGAGUAAUUAAUGAUGAUGUCAGUUUAGAGGAAUCAUUGUAUAAACCUGCUCGUUCCAGUGAAGCUACCAGUACAAUGGCAGCAAAGAUACCCAAGGACCAUGGUCAGACAGGACCUACAUGUAUAGAUCAUCUAGAUGCCCAUCAAAUGGAUAAAACAGCAUCCAAGGCUAUGGAAAUAGACAUCAUGCAGGAUACUAGUAGUUCUGUAGCAUUUGAUUCCAAGGAUUUCAGUACUCCAAGUGAAACUCAAAGUGGAAAGAUUGAUCAUGGAACUAACAUCAGCAGUCCAGGAACAGCUGCCCUCUUAGAAGGACUGGAUGACUCAUUCCUGGAUGGCAUCAAUUUAGAUGAAUUGGAUAACGUGCAAGAUGGCAAGGUUGAAGGAAAUGCAAUUUCCAAUAUUGAUAAGAAGUUUCGUGAGUUUUCACCAUUCAAGAUGAAACCUGGAGCAGACAGCAUGCUCAAUCAACCUCUUGUUGACCUUUGCCGAUACGUGGUGACAGGUGUUCAGGACCACAUCAAUAAUAAGAAGCUGAGUGUAAGGAGUAUGUCCGACCAAAGUGAGAAGUUCUGCAUCCUCAAGGACACAUGGCAAGACUCCCUUGUUGAAGAGGGUAUGGUGGUAGCUAUACAUGGGACGUUCAAUGCUGAUGGUAUAUGUGAGCUCAACAACCAAUCAGGCUAUCUUAUUAUCAACCCUGAUCAUUUACUCACUGGAACAGCAGUGUCAAACAGCAUCAGGUGUAUGAGAAGAUCUGUCUUGAGUGAAAAUUUUAAGGGACUGGAGAGAGGGAAUCGUGCCAUGCUUCUUGGGUCUCUGCUUCAUGAAGUCUUUGAUCAGGCCAUUUUGAAGAAUCAGUUUCAAAAACCCCAACUAAUGCAGAUUGCCCGUGAUAUACUCAAGCAGCCUGCAUUCCUCUGUGACAUGUACUCAUUGAAAGUAGAUGAGGAAAACCUGCUAGAGGAGGUAGAAGAAUAUGCUGAUACUAUUAAAAGAUGGAGUGAUUCCUAUCUGGGAUCAAAGCCUCGAGGCAAUGUUGACAUCAAAUGGCCUGGCUCCUUCAAGUCUGAGAAUUGUAACAUGAGUGUUAGUAAGGUCACAGACAUUGAAGAGACUAUCUGGUCCCCUAGAUGGGGUGUAAAGGGAAAGGUCGAUCUUACAGUAGAGGUCAAGAUUCACAGACCAUCCUGUUCACAAUCUGUUGAGCAUGCUAUGCCUCUAGAAUUGAAAACAGGCAGGGAGACCAACUCUAUUGAACAUCGUAGCCAGUUGAUACUGUACAGUCUGAUGCUAGGUGACCUUCAAACGACCUCUGACCUUGGGUUUCUUCUCUAUCUAAAGACAGCAGCAAUGAAAUCUGUUCCUGCUAACCAUAUGGAUAAAAGAGAGCUCAUCCAUCUACGUAACCAGCUAGCCUUCUACCUCUCCCGGACUGCCAGGUCAAUAACCACAUCCACUGCCCCUUCCUCAGCUGACUGGCCAUCCCAAACUAAACCUAAUCUCAUCCCUCCUGUCCUCCCAGAACCAAUCCGUGAUGAUUUCUCCUGUAAGCGAUGCGCCCAUCUCCAAGCCUGUAGCAGCCUUCACAAAUUGGAGGGUUCCCCCACCCAGCUACCUUCAUCUGUUCAAGGUCUAUUCAAUGAAACCAUUGAACAUUUACAAGACUCGCAUCUCCAGUAUUUUGCUCACUGGUAUCUCCUCUGCUGCCUGGAGCAUGAGGCCACAAAGAAGAGGAACAAUAGUAAAAACAUCUGGUGCAAGGAGUCUAUUGAGCGAGAGAAAGAUGGUGAAUGUUGGAGUAACAUGGAGUUUGUGAGCUCAACACCCAAAGAUCAACAGAAUGGAGGAUUUACACUGGUUUUUAGAAGAAAACAAGGAGUGAAAGGAUGUUCAACAGCCAGCUUGGGUAAAUGCUUGAUGAGAGAUGGUGACAGGGUAGUCAUUAGCAUUGAAGGGAGUAGAAGAGUUGCUAUCUGUGUGGGGUUCAUUGAUACAAUUACUAAAACAGAUAUCAAGAUUAGUUCAGACAGCCAAUUGAAGAAGGAUGGCAAAGAACCCACUCUUUAUCGUAUUGACAAGGAUGAUAGCUACAACAGCAUGGCAGCUAGUAUGGUCAAUCUUACCAAACUCAUGAAACCUGAACAUACCAAGUUACAAAACAUUGUGAUCAAUAAACAGCCACCUACAUCCAUCAAGAAACCCAACCUGCCUUCUCGAGCCAGAGGUGAGGUAGCAAUAAUUAUGAAAGACUUGAAUGAAGACCAACGUGCUGCUAUCAAGGCAGUCCUUCGAAGCCAAGACUAUACUCUCAUCAUUGGCAUGCCUGGCACAGGUAAAACAACCACCAUAGUAGCGCUUGUGAGAAUCCUUGUAGCAUGCGGUAUGUCUGUUCUUCUAACCAGCUACACUCACUCUGCUGUAGAUAACAUACUACUCAAACUACUCAAGUACAAGAUUGAUAUCUUACGCCUUGGAGCACAGCAUAACAUCCAUCCUGAAUUGAGAGAUUUCUCUGAUAGCAAACUGAUGAAAGAAGCAUCCGGCGUAUCACAACUGGCUACACAGAUGGAGAGAAAGAAAGUAGUUGCAACAACAAGCUUGGGUAUGAAGCAUGCCCUCUUCACCCGUCACAGCUUUGAUGUGUGUAUCGUAGAUGAGGCAUCUCAGAUCAGUCAACCUGUAUGUCUAGGACCACUCUUCUCUGCCUCCAAGUUUGUUCUUGUAGGAGACCAGUGCCAGCUACCACCUCUAGUACAAAGCUCCAGAGCAAGGGAUCUUGGUAUGGAUGAAAGCCUCUUCCAGAGACUGGUGUCAGCACACAGCUCAAGUGCUAUGAGCCUCAGUCUUCAAUUCAGAAUGAACUCUGAGAUCAUGGCUAUAUCUAAUCACAUGGUCUAUGAUGGAGCAAUGAGAUGUGGCAAUGAGGCAGUUGCCAAGGGAACUGUCUCUUUGCCUUACUGGGAUGCAUGGUGUGAGGAAUCCUGUGAAGAUGCUUGGUUAGAAGAUGCAGUAGAUCCCAAAACCGUUGUGUCCUUCCUCAAUACUGAUCAAGCCUGUGGUCCAACAGAUGAAGCGUCUCCAAGCAACACCAAUAGGCUUGAAGCCAUCCUGGUCAGGAGUAUUGUAAAGAGCCUCAUGCAAGCUGGUUGCACUGCUACUCAAAUUGGAGUCAUCUCACCAUACCGCAGGCAGUGUCAACUACUCACCUCUACACUCGCCGACCUAGGGUCAAAGGUCAAAUCAUUAGAGGUCAACACAGUGGACAAGUACCAAGGUCGUGAUAAGGAUGUCAUUGUUGUGUCUUUCUCUCAUAGCACGACUGAUUCUCAGGGUGGAUCUAUUCUGAAUGACCUUCGUCGACUCAAUGUUGCCAUGACGAGGGCCAAGCACAAGUUGCUUUUGAUUGGUAGCCUGAAGUGCCUGUCACAGUUUCAACCUGUCCAGAAACUCAUUGCUUUCAUGCAACAGCAUCAACUAAUCAGAAAUCUCCCUCAUGAUGCCGGAAAGCAGACAACCUGACAAGACUCCUGAGCAUCUAACAUGUGGUGAUAGAUGGUACUCCAGGAAAAGUUCAGGCAAGCAAGUCCCUUUCAGUUCAUUAUUUAAUGUAAGAAAUUAUAGAUGGUUUAAUGAUGAAAACUAUUGUUUUAUAUGGUGUUUGUGAGUAACUUGGAAGACUUACAAAAUCAGUCGUUAGACUGGUUCUAUGGUACAUGAUGUGAAGAUACAGCCAUCAGAGAAUUGGCUAGGUUUGUAUGUCUUCUUAAAGGGCCCAGCAACUGACAAAUAAUGGGGAAAUUGAAACAAUACGAAAUUUGCAAAAGGCCAAUUGACUUGGAUAAUAUAAUCCGUCCGUCAUGAGCGCCCGUCGGACUAAUACGAUAGAAGUUCGGACAGCACGAAUUUGACCGAACUCGUGAUGGUUAUUUACUUCGGAUCAUCGAAGUUCCAGUUUCCAACAAUCCCAAUUCCUAGACUCAUAGCAGGUCUCUUGAUAGCUAAAUCAAUAUAAAUAACCACUGAAGUUACAUGUUUCAGAGUGAAAACACACAGUUUACUUCUGGUUGGUUAGUCUACUAACUAUUGCUCUCCUAUAGACCUCCCAGACAUGCCGGCGUCUAUUACAUAACAUUCCCAGGCAUGCAGCCGAGUGAAAGACUUGAAUCCUCUGUUCUGAUAUAAGCCUUGAUUUCUUUAUGAUUUGUCAAUGAAAGGUCGCCUUAAGAGGAGCAAACUCUACAAAAGAAUGGUGCUGAUAUCAUACCUCUCUUACACCUUUAUAUUAAAAUACAUGAAAAGCAUCAUUAUGAAAACAUACCUACAUAAAAAUUAUAGCACUAACCUUGAUUAAAUGACAUUAGACAUGUAUCUAAAUAUAUCAUUAUUGGCAAGUAUAAAAGCUUUUUGGAGUACAUUACCAGAAAGCAUUAGAUGGUAUCAGAUAUUAUCUUUUCUGUGUUUUCACCAUUGUACCUCUUCAUUUGUUACAUGAUUGCCAAUACAUGUAGUUCAAAUACCAGUGUGUAUCACAAAACAUUGUUGCUAUAAUCUUAGCCAUCGCAAAUAAAAGUCACUUGUGGGAAAGGUGACAAUACUUUAUAUAUCAGUUUCUCAUUUUACUUAGGAAGACCUUUUACCUUUAAUUGUUAAAAAUUGCACUUCAAAUGUCCUCUAAUAUAUAGUGACUUGUAUGAUGACCACAGCUGACUUGAUUGGGACUACCACUAGUGUGUAGUCCCAUAUAUAUACAUUUCUGUGCUCACUGUACGUGGCUGUCAUCAGAAUAGAGUCAUUUUCUUAUCAUUUCAGUUGUUAUUGGUGCACGGUGCACUUUGAAACCCUUUUUAAAAAGCACUUUAUAAAUAUCAAGCAAAGCACUGUUGAUGAAGCUGGUAGAAAAACUCACUUUCGAGGCAAGCAGGAUAAUUAUCAAUAUGUUUCCAAGGGGAAACUGAGGAAAGAUAGCAAGUACAUCCAGCUUGCAGAAGAAGUAAUAGUUUGCCUCAUCACCUGAAAUCAAGAGGUGAUUAUAAGCUUUAUAUGCCACAUCUGGAACCACUUUAAAAAGAGAAAUGAAAUGGAGGUUUGAUUUUACAAAAUAAAGAUUUUCUAAAAAAACACUCUGAUAUGCUUAUUUUAGUGCUUGUGCAUAUUUAAACUACAUGCAAAUAUUUAGAUCUUUAGUCAAGUAAGGUGGUGACACAACAUUUGCUCCUGUGACAAAUGCUCGGGGCUUAAUU